AACACUUUGCAGCGCAACACCUGGGUACACCUUGCUUGUCAUGGCAAACAGGACCACGAGCAACCUUACAAUGCAUGUUUCACCAUGAGGGACAAACCUCUCACACUGCUUGACAUCAUGGAGAACAAUUCUCCGCAAGCUGAAUUCGUGUUCUUUUCAGCAUGUCACACCGCCGUCGGUGAUGAGGAGACACCUGACGAAGCCAUCCACCUCGCAGCUGGACUUCAGUUUUCUGGUUUCAAGAGUGUCAUUGGCACGCCGUGGGCUGUCAAUGACGCUCUCGUAAAAUACGUUGUUGAAGCUUUCUACGAGAGGAUUUGGAGGAUGGUGGUGUCAUGGACUGUACGAAAAGUCUUUAAGUAG